AUAUGCCUUGCAUUUCACUCCUCUCAUGUGAAAAAGAAAAAAAAAAAUGAAUACCACUGUGACCUACUCCUUAUCUUCACUCUGAAUUCAUAUACUACUAGAUGUUUAUUGUUUUAAUUUUGUUAUUUUACUUUUAAUAUCACAUUAUCAAACUUGAAUUUGCCUCAUCUAAUCAAAUUUGUUGGUGGGUGAGUAUCUGUUAGAUAGAUGGAUAUACGUUAUAUUUACACAACGCGACAGAGAAAGAGAAAGAGAAACGGCUUCUAGUGUUCCUACUAAUUGUCGCCUGAAAAAUGAUGAAUUUAGGCUAAUGCAGGCUUUGUUGAUCUCCUCUAAGUUGUCCUUUACUGAAUUAUUUCCAUCUUUAUGGCAACAAUUGCUCAAAAUUUGUUAUUGAUGUCGAAAUGAGGGAUAGGGAUAGUGUUAGUGUUGUUUGUCAAGAGUGUGCCAUAUGAAGCUUAUUUGGGAGGAGAGAAUGCUAUAAUGGGGAAACAAGGGCCCCAAAGAUGUCCACAUACCAUUUCUCAGGACGAGGACUUAUCAUUUUGGAAGAAGGAUUGUCAAAUUAGAUGUUUGGAUACUUUAUCGAGCAGUGAUCCUUUUAUUGGGAGGCGAAUUUCAGGAGGUGAUCAUAAGUGGAAUUCCAAAGCUGUAUUGCUUCAAGGGUUGAAAAAUGAUCAUGGGAAAUUCAGUUCUUACAAGGGAGUUCAUGUUGAGAAAAGGCAUACAUGGCUUCAAAAGAAUUUGAGGGCAAUUGCUGUUAUGCUUUCGGUCAUAUGUUUCAUUUUCUUGCUUGAUUCUCUUAUGAUGUCAAUGUUUGAUUUGGUGAAUCUUCAGAGUAAUUCAAGUUUAAAUAGCUCAAUUUGGGCCAAGGAUGGAGUUUCCUACAUUAGCAGCAAGGAAAAGCUGCCAGUACAAAUGUAUGGCCGGCUUCUCAGUUUGGCUUCCAAUUCACUUGCAGAGAAUGAGUUGAAACACAAGAAAUCAAGUUUUUGGGAGGAACCGUAUUCAAAUACAUCUUUGUGGAAACCUUGUGCCGACAGGAAAACCAGAAGUGUAGGGAAGCCUGACAAAAGUAAUGGUUAUAUAAUGGUCAGUGCUAACGGUGGUCUCAAUCAACAACGUGUUGCUGUUUGUAAUGCUGUUGCUGUGGCAUCCUUACUUAACGCAACUCUAGUUCUUCCAAGAUUUCUUUACAGCAAUGUAUGGAAGGAUCCUAGCCAGUUUGGUGAUAUCUACCAAGAGGAGUAUUUUGUGAAUUAUUUGAAGGAUGACGUAGAUAUUGUAAAAGAGCUUCCUGCUCAUCUGAAAUCAUUAGAUAUUGAAGCAAUUGGUAGUCAGUUAACUGAUGCAGACCUUGUGAAGGAGGCAAAACCCAUUGAUUACAUAAGGAAUGUACUCUCUCUUCUAAAACGGAAUGGUGUUCUUCACUUCCUUGGAUUCGGAAAUCGUCUUGGCUUUGAUCCGUUGCCUAACAACAUUCAGACACUAAGGUGCAAGUGUAACUUCCACGCCUUGAAGUUUGUGCCAAAUAUUCAACAAGUUGCUUCAUUGUUGAUGAAAAGGAUUAGGAAAUAUGAUUAUUCACAGAGUAAGCUGGACAAACAGCUGGUUGGAAACUUCUUGUCCAACAGCUCAUCUAACACGCAUGAUGCUCCAGAAAGAAAAUCCAGAUACCUCGCUUUACACUUGAGGUUUGAAGUAGACAUGGUAGCCUAUUCCCAAUGUGAUUUUGGAGGCGGAGAAAAUGAGAGAGAGGAACUCCAGGCGUACAGGGAGAGACACUUCCCUCUGCUGCUGGAACGCUUGAAGAAUGCAAAGCCUGUUGCUCCAUCAGAGUUGAGAAAGCUUGGAAGGUGUCCACUAACACCAGAAGAAGCAGCCCUUGUCCUUGCUGGUCUUGGUUUCAAGCGUAGGACCUACAUUUACCUAGCUGGAUCUCACAUAUAUGGAGGAAAAUCUCGGAUGGAUCCUCUCACCAAUCUCUACCCUAAUUUGGUCACGAAGGAAACACUACUCGCAACCAGUGAACUUGCACCUUUUGCUAAUUUUUCUUCCAAGCUGGCAGCAUUGGACUUUAUUGCGUGUGCAGCUUCUGAUGUGUUUGCCAUGACAGACUCAGGGAGCCAACUGUCAUCCUUGGUAUCCGGAUUCCGAACAUAUUUUGGUGGUGGCCAUGCCCCUACCUUACGGCCAAACAAGAGGAGGCUAGCUGCAAUUUUGUCGGAAAAUAGCACAAUACAGUGGAAUACUUUUGCAGACAGAGUUAGAAAAAUGAUAGAGGAAGGUCAACGAGCCCGUGUGAGAGGUUACGGCAGAAGCAUUUAUCGACAGCCAAGGAGUCCAGAAUGCAUGUGCAGAGAUGGUUAGGAAGUCCUCUCAAAGGGACCUUUU